AUGGCCCCAGUUCUGUUCCGGCGCGUGUGCAGCCUCGUGCUGGCAAUAUCCUCACUCACAGGAACCCUAGCGCAGGUAUGUACGAGCAGCAACCUAAGGUACCAUAUCAGCUCGCAAGACCAAUUGGACGUGCUCGCGCAAAAUUGCACCGUACUCGAUUCACCGUUCUACAUCGAGUCCAACUAUACGGGGUCUUCCUUUGUUCUUCACAAUGUGACCAAUAUAUCGCAAGAUGUGAUCUUCGAAUGGAGCGAGGAUUGGCCUAGAAGUCAAGGUCCUAUAUCAGUCGAAUUUCCGGACCUGAUACAUGCGAAAAGAAUUGGUCUAUGGGAGGCCGUUUCACUGACGAAAUUGUCCCUGCCGAAACUUGAGUAUGUCGAGACUUUCGAGACGUUUGGCGUUUGGGGGAUGCCCGAUCUUGAGUUUCCAUCUCUGAGGAAUACUUCGCAAAUCGACCUGCUGGGUAAUAUUUCAAGGGUGUCAUUUCCUGCACUAAAGACCGUCCACGGCGCCCUCUCACUCGACAACAUAAGUGACCCAUCAAUGAGGACCAUGAACACGAAUCCACUCACAAUUGACCUCUCAUUGCCUGUUCUCGAGAAAGCGUACGAGAUCAAGGUGACGGGUACAGUAGCACGGUGA